CUCAUAAUAAACUUCUUGUACAGGUAGUCCUCGCUUCUAAACGUGUUAUCAACGACCAGUCUUAACCCCGCCUCUUUCAGCUUUUCCAUGUUUCGCCGUCGCAGAUGUAUCAGUAUUCGUCACUGUUUCGUGUAGUAACUACGUAUACAAGAGCUACCGCCACUUUCUCUCUGCCAUCGUCCAUCAAACGUGUAGCAAAGCAGCUCAAAACGGCAACAAUAUUUGAUAUGGCGGGAGAUUCAGAUUGUUCCGCUUCGUUCCGUUGGCCUAAGGCUUUUCUAUUUGGAGAUUCAAUAACCCAGUAUGCCUUUAGUCAUGAUGGCUGUUGGGCUGCCCUUGUGGCAGACAUUUUACAAAGGAAAUGUGAUGUUAUCAACCGUGGAUUCUCGGGAUAUAACAGUCGGUGGUGUAAAAAGAUUUUGUCUUCUGUAUUGAAUAAAAAUGAACUGAAAGAUGCUGUAUUUGUAACUAUAUUCUUAGGAGCAAAUGAUUGUGCUGAUGAAAAAAUUAAUCCUCUUCAACAUGUUCCUGUAGAUGAAUACAAAAACAACAUGGUAGAGAUGGUUCAAAUGCUUCAGGAAAGUGGAUUAUCUGCUGAGCAAGUGAUUCUAAUCAGCCCUCCUGCUGUAGAUGAAGAGUCCUGGGCAAAGUGUUGUGAACGAAAAGAUCGAGUCAGUUCAAAUUUCAAUAAAAACACAAUUCAUUAUGCUGCAGCAUGCAAACAAGCAGCUGAAGAGGUUGGUACUCAAUGCAUAGACCUUUAUACAGAAAUGAUGAAGAAUAAUGAUACAACCAGAAAUUGAGAAAGUUUUUUGAGAAGAAAUCACAAUGGCUUUGGAAAAAUAGAUCAACUGCCAGACAAAUAUUUUUGUUCAUCAUCUGAAGGGAGUAAGAACCAGAAACCUUGAAGCAGUUUAUUGAUUUCUCAAAAGCUUUUGACUCCAUCCACUAUGGAAAAAAUACUACUGGCUAGUAGUGUUUCUGAGGAAAUAACAGCAGCUAUUAUGAUUAUCUAUAACAACACCAAAUCAAUGCCAGAGUACUCCAAGGGGACAUACUAGCACCUUUUCUCUUUGUGGUCACUCUGGAUUAUGUCUCAGAACAUCACUUAACAAUCUAAACAGCCUUGGUUUCACACUUGCAAAAAGAGAUUGAUCAAACAUCCUACCCAAAAACUAACUGAUGUAGACUAUCCUGAUGAUUUAACCUUGCACUCUGACACAAUAUCAAAUAUCAAGUACAAUGGUUUAUUCCUAGCUAGAUACUGUUCUUGUAGUUGCCUGAGUAUGAAAAUAGCAUUAGUAGUGUUCCUCCCUGGCAUAGAGCCAAACUGCAUUUCAUCUGGUCUAAUUCUGUUCCUAAUUAAUUAGGCUAUAAUUCUCUCUGUAAGUUUCAUCACCUGGUCCAGCAUUUUGGUGCCUUUAUAAUUACUUCUAUCUAAGGUAUCUCCUUUACCCUUGUAGAAGCUGACCAUUAUGCUGCUAUACAAGUUAUUGGGAAUGACUGCUUCCUGAAUAACCUGCUUAACUAUUGCGUCUGCUUCUGUCCUUGCUAGAUAAACGUAUCACCUAACUUCCCUUUUAGCUAUCUAAUAUGUUUUUUGCUGCUUCCAUUUUUCCACUCUUUCCAAAUCCAUCUCUUCACUUUUAUGGCCCUGUCAACUUAACUGAUCCACCACUAUGUCACCCUCAGUCUGGCAGAAGCUUUGCUCCAUCCACAGUUUUGGUCUGUCACCCUCAGUAGGUUAUCCUGUAAAAACUUCCAGUUGUCUUCUGUCAUAUGUCUACCCCUACCUCCUUCUCAUUAAAUGUUUCAAAUUAGAACAUCUCUAAAUCUCUGGCCAUUUAAAGGAUCUUUGAGUUUUCAUAACUUCCUUUUCUAUUUCAGUUUGUGUCUCUGAAUCCUUCUAGCCCUAAGUCUGAAAAUACUAACCACUAGCUUACAUUGAAUUAAACAUUCCUCACUGGGGAAAGGACUUUGUAUUCAUGAGCAUCUACCUAUCCCUGUUUCUGGAGAGAAUGUUGUCAAUCUGGUUUGUGUGCCCACCAGAUUGAUAGGGGAUCAGAUGGCUGGUAGAUUUCCUGAAGUUAGUAUUGCAGACCAGCAAGUCAUUUGCAUCACAAAACCCCUAGCAGCUUUGUUCCCCUACCCCCUGCCGUCAUUUCUAGAAUCAAAAACCAUAACCUCCAUGCAUGCCAUGGAAUCUAUUGGAAUAUUCCCAACACGAUUGUUGCAGUCACCAGCUAUGAUAAUAACUCCAUUAUCUUCCAUCAUCAAGGUAGUCUGCCAAAGGGACUUGUAGAAGCAGUCCAAGACUGUCUGCUACAUUCUACACUUGUGUAUUUUAGAGUCAUGAAUUUUGUAUCAAAGAUUUUAUUUUUCCCUCUCCAGUUUCUUCUUGUUUUGAAUUUUAAAAUGAUAAACCUGAGAUGCUUAUCAAUAAUCAAAGUAGGACAGAGAGAUCAAACAAAACAAAAUGAAACAGUUGCAUUAUGUGAUAUUGUGUUUUUUAAUAUAUAUAUAUUCAUUGUUAUAUGCAUUGCUCAUUCUUAUUGAUUUUCCAGCAUUAUAAAAUAUUAAAUAUCACUUUUUUGCUGUAUCCAUUCUGAAUGCAGUGCAUCUCAUUUUGC